GCUAAAAUUAAGCACUGGUCACAGGCCGAAGACUGUAUAACCCCAAAAUCACAGGUAUCAUCAUCAUCUUCGUCAGCAUCGUUGUUGCCGCCGCCGCUGCUGCUUCUUCUGAUGGAGCCCAUUGAAGAACUCAGCAAGGCUGCGGCGCUGGGUAGAACGGUAGAAGUGGAGCUACUUCUGGCGCGGGGAGUGAAUCCUAAUGGCACCAACAGCUGCGGCAGAACGCCCAUCCAGGUGAUGAUGAUGGGCAGUACUGCGGUGGCACGUGCGCUGCUGGCCGCUGGGGCUGACCCCAACGUUCGCGAUGCGGUGCUGGGGCUCACCCCGGCGCACGACGCGGCUCGCGAGGGCUUUGUGGCCGUGCUGGCCGAGCUGCGCGCAGCCGGCGCGAGCCUCUGGCAGCGCGACAACCUGGGCCGCACGCCCACAGACCUGGCAGCAGCCAAUGGUCAUCUCGACGUCGUAGAUUUCAUUAACUCCGUCGUCGAUUUCGGCGCUGGGGACAACGGGGUGAGGGAGUAG